AUGGAUCCACACCCGCAACAAUUUCUUCACGAACACGAUCCUCAACCCUACGUGUAUCCAAUGUACGCUCCAGAAGAUGACAGCUCCUAUAGCCUCGUGCAUCCUCAUGCCCAGUAUGCUAACGUCGUGCCCGCUCCUCGCCAUAUGUCCAAUGAAGAGAUGCAGCAAGCGAUGCAUUACCAUAGAUCUCUCAACAUGAUGAACCAUCCCUUCCCUCCGCAAGUCCAAGGCGUGUACGGUGAAGCGCCUCAUGGCGGCAUGCCACUCUCGCAUUCCCCUCCCCCACAAAGCCCGACAGGUCUUUAUGACCCCAUCUCUCCUCCCAUCUCCGGUUCCGAGACCUCCGGCGAGGGCCCGUACCAAACCCAUUCGAGAAACAGUAGCUCGGCCGGUUCGCCAUCGUCUUCCCGCGCAAAUUCCCUAGUCCAUCGUCAACCUUUACGCUACAACCCAACCCCUUCACCUACCAGCUCUUCCGGUCGCCGUAGCCGCGGACGUUCUCUCUCAGACGACGAAGAUUCCAUGGUUCCCGGAGCAGCUGAAGCAUUCGCGAACACUCGCAAGGAGGCGACCCGAAAGCAGAGAAUCGAAGCCGAACAGAGACGGCGCGAUGAACUGAGGGAAGGCUAUGCGAGACUGAAGGACGUCCUCCCGGUUUCAAACCAAAAAAGUAGCAAGGUCUCACUCCUCGAACGAGCUCGUAAUCAUAUUCAAUCUCUCGAGAAGUCUGUCCGAGAGCUGAAUGAACGUCUCGCUGAAGUGGAGGCUGAAGUCGGUAGACUCCGCCUGAUCAACGAAAAGAUUUCACUUGCCGGCGCCCCCGCUACAGGUGUCGUUAACAUGGAUCGAACCGUGUCUCCACCGCUUGAUGCCCCACAGUCCAAGGACACUCAGCUUCCUAUGCAAACCCCCAGUCCGGCUGCUUCGGAUGGCGACUACUAAUCUUCAUGCUUUCCUAUCAACAUUAUACGUUGUGCCAUGGACACUUCUCCACAUCUCUCUUACCUCUUCAAGCAAUAUUCAGAAUAUCCUGCAUUUCUUUUACCU